AUAGAGAUAUCUGCUGAAUGUCUCUCAAAACAAAUAGAUGAGGACAGUGAAGGAUGUGUAUCUGCUCUGCUGGAAACCAGUGUUAAACAUUCUCCCUACUUUGACUGGGUUGUUGCUCAUCUUGGAUCCUGCUUUCCUCAUACUCUCAUCAGGAGAGUUCUAGCCUUCGGUUUCACGGAUUUUCUGAGUAUAUCCAGUCAGCAUUUGGAGCAGGAGGGGCGGAUCAUUAUUCACAAGGCUCCUAAGCUGAUGAGUGUUAUGAGUAUUCUUUCCCAUCUUGGUAGAAACCAUGCAACUGUCCUCCAGGAGUUCAUGUACAGUCUUAUCCUAGCUUCACUUACUCCAGAUUCAUCCAGUGUACAACAGCGGAGUACAGUACCGUACAUACUCUUCCUGUGUUCAGUAUCUCCUCAGCUAUCUCAAGCACUAGUUCUGAAUCUACCAAAACUUUUAACUCAAUCAACAAUUUCAAUUCUACAAACCUUAGUACCUCUCUGGAACUCUGAAUACUUCUCCUCUGUGGAGAACUUGCUACUGGAACUGGUUACCAAGAUUUUACUCUCGUCGGACAGUGGUGUUGGAGAGGUUUUGUUGAUUUUGAUAAAGAAAGGAUCCGAAGGAGUUUCAGACGAUACUGCUCGGUGCUCCAGGAUGGUUGUCAACUCUGUUAUAUCAGCCUUGUUCCAGCUGGUCCACGGUCGGUCAGUCCAAAGAGGCGAUAAAUCUCUAGUUGUUGAGAGUUUAACUUCUAUUUUACCUCUUCUACUUGACCAGCUCCAGAGCUCACAAGAGUUCCUAAGAUCCUCUUCUUUACAGCUUCUUGUACUCUACGCUAUACACAAGGGAAGAAGUUCUACUAUCCAUAUCAUUAAGUAUCUUCUAUUCUCUUGUUCGUCCAAGGAGGAGCUAACUGUACUGGUCAGCUUUAUCUCUCAGGUUGAGAUGUUUCAUACAGGAUGUGUUCCCAGUGUAGUGACACAAGGACUUAAGACGAGGGAAGGAGAUAUGAAAAGGUUCCUGAAGAAUCUAGUUCUCCUGGUGGAGGCGGAGAAGGCUGGAACCCUGGACUCCAAGUCCUCAUUUAUACAAGGAGUUAGAUCCAACCAAACCUUGAUAGCAGAGAAACUUGUUCAAUCUGGUCUAGCUGAUUCUUCUCUUCAUCUUUUCAGAGUUGUCCCCCUGGUGUCUGGAUUGAGAAUUAACAGUCUGCAUCGGAUAGCGCACUGUCUGAUUGAACUCUUCUUCUCUACUCUGGUAGAAACUAGGCUAAUAGAAGAAGAUAGAGAUAAUAUACUCCAUAAUACAGAGAUAAUUCUCAGGGAUGUUUGUAAACAACAGAGUGGUUUAAAUAUAGUUCUCAGAUUUAUUCUAGAAGCAAGCAUUCAUUCGCCUUACUCAUCCUUCCUUACUUCUCAAAUACAGACCCCUGAGAGCUGGAAGACGACCUCUAGGCUACGCCAGACCGCUAAGCUAUACAGAGAGAACUUCAAGUUUGGCUCUAUGCCUGUUCAACCUCUGGGGUCAAGCACUGUCUUUCACGCCGGAGUUAUAGGUGAUGGUAUCAGAGCAGGAGCUCCCUCCUCUAGAAUAUCUGAAGAAGAGAGUUCUCUUCUACGUCAACUUGUCUCUGGGAUUAUUAUCAGACUAUGUGAAUCCGUAGGAUCAGACGAUGAAGAUGAGAAGAGGAUGUCCCAGCAGUCCCUGGAUGAUGGUUGUAAGAAACUAUCCCUGAUCCUUGUAGAGAUCAUAUCUCCUGAUAUCAUGUACAAUGGGAUACCUUGGCCUGAAGAGGAGUUUAUAAAGGUAACUAUGGAGAGAGAUCUUGGUAUUUCUAAGAUGUUAACUCUGAACCCUCUACUCUGGAACCUACUGGAGCUACUCGCUCUAAACAAACCCGCACUCUGCUACUCAUCCGUUAUCAUCAGAGCUGCUGUAUCUGUAUGUAUAACACACUGGCAAGGAAGUGUAUGUACAAGACUAACAAACCAUCCUCUUCAGCUAAAUCUAACCAGGAAACCCAUUCUAACAAUUAUUCAAUAUUCUCCCUCUUUUCUCACAUCUUCAUCUUUUUUUGUUAAUUUCUCUUGAAGGGAUUGUUGACGG